CCCUGGGGAUCGGCGUGGCACCCGCGGGCGCCCGCCUCCCUCCGGCCGUUCGCCGCGCGGGGCCGCUCACCGCCUUCUCCCGCCCGCCCCCAUUUUAAGCCCUGUCCCCGGCGCCAUUUGAAGUGCGAAGCCGCGUCUCGGUGCCUCCUCGCCUCCCCCCUCCGUCGGCCGCAUCCCGCCGGCCGCAGCCGUGACUCACGCUCGGUCCCGCGCUCCCGGUGCCGGCUGGUGGCUGGGCCCUCCCUCACGGAGCCCGCGCUGCUGCCUCGCUCUGCCCCCGCCCCUCCGGUCCCGCUAGGCCGCGGCUCGGGGAGGGGCGGCGGGGCUGGCGGCCUCGCCCUGCCGCGGUCUCGGUGCGUUGUGGGCUCUUCCCUCUCGACCGAAGCGAUGGCGGCGUUCGAUGCCUCCGAUACAGCACUGAAGCGGUUCGCCCUGAGGUUGGCCCGUUACAAUAAAGCCGUGCUUCGUACUAAUUGUUCCAUCUCACGAGAACGUCGAUGAAGGCCUCGUGCUGGUGUACUUGCUGUACCUGGGUGCAGUGCAGCUGUCAGCCUCCGAGCUGCUCUGCUUGCUGACGCUGAAAAGUGUGGGAUUUUGACUGUUCAAAAUGAAUGAACAUCCUAAGAAGAGGAAACGGAAGACACAGCACCCUUCUCGAUAUUCAGAUUCUUCAGGUGCCCCUAAAUAUAUAGACAAUAGUGGGAUUUUUUCUGACCACUGCUACAGUGUUUGUUCUAUGAAACAACCAGACAUAAAGUAUUCUGAAAACAGAGGUAGAUACCAUAGUCCGGUGCAGAGCAUAGACACAGAUGAUGACGGGAGUCCAGUGCAUGCUGGGACUUCUCAGUGGAGUGGGUCACAUUCAAACGUAGGGUUGCAUUAUACAGACCCUAAAAAGAAGGAUAAAGAUAAAGCUGCUAAUAAUGGAAUGUGCAAAGACGUAUGUGACUCACCUAUAUUCAGUGACAGCCCUACAGAAGAAGAAAAACCUCUUGAUAUUCAAACUGUAGAAAUUUCUACAACAGAAGUUAAUGCUGUAGAAGUCCAUGAUAUAGAAACACAAACUGUGUCACCUGAGAAGCUAGAAGCUGAGGACCUAGAGGAGAUCCCUCUUGAAACCUGUAAAAUCUUUGAGAAGAACCAGGCUUUGAAUAUCACAGCUCAGCAGAAAUGGCCUUUGCUGAGAGCCAACAGCAGCGGCCUGUACAAGUGUGAGCUCUGUGAGUUUAACAGCAAGUACUUCUCUGAUUUAAAGCAGCACAUGAUCCUGAAGCAUAAGACGUGUGCGGACACUCAUGUCUGUAAAGUUUGUAAAGAAAACUUCUCCAGCAAAGUGCAGCUCAUUGAACAUGUGAAACUGCACGAGGAGGACCCAUACAUCUGUAAAUACUGUGAUUACAAAACGGUGAUAUUUGAGAAUCUGAGUCAGCACAUAGCAGACACUCACUUCAAUGACCACCUUUAUUGGUGCGAGCAGUGCGAUAUGCAGUUCUCCUCCAGCAGCGAGCUGUACCUGCACUUCCAGGAGCACAGCUGUGACGAGCAGUAUUUGUGUCAAUUCUGUGAGCAUGAAACAAACGAUCCAGAAGAUCUGCACAGCCACGUGGUGAAUGAACACGCGUGCCGACUGAUAGAGCUCAGCGACAGCUAUCAUAACAAGGAGCGUGGACAGUACAGCCUCAUAAACAAAAUCAGUUUUGACAAAUGCAAAAACUUCUUUGUAUGCCAAGUGUGUGGCUUUAGGAGCAGGCUGCAUACAAACGUCAACAGGCACGUAGCUAUUGAACACACCAAAAUAUUCCCUCAUGUUUGUGAUGACUGUGGAAAGGGCUUUUCAGGUAUGUUGGAGUAUUGCAAGCAUUUAAGCUCUCAUUUAUCUGAAGGGAUUUAUUUGUGUCAGUACUGUGAGUAUUCAACAGGACAGAUUGAAGACCUUAAAACCCAUUUGGAUUUCAGGCAUUCCACAGACUUGCCACAUAAAUGUACUGAUUGUUUAAUGAGAUUUGGAAAUGAAAAAGAUCUUCUAAGUCAUCUUCAGAUACAUGAGACAGCUUGAUUAUUUUCUUUCCCUGCAAUAAGCUUGUUAGGAUUGGAAUUAAAAACACAAUAUUAAAUACAGUUUUAAUAGCACUUGUACAAUUAUAAUGUUUUUAUGUCAACGAAGCAUGUGUAAUGGCUUGGUGUUAGGAAUUUCCUUUCCUAGGAGCUUCCGUACGUAUAAUCACACGUACAGUGGGAUGGAUCGCAUUCUGGGGGGAGGGACAGGGAAUAGUUGCAUGUCGUAAUAGUUCCAACUGUUAUCCCACACUUUCACAUGAAAGGUACAACAGCAGCUCUUUGGAGUUUGAUAUGACAGAGGGAAAGCCAGCUUCUCCGUCCAUGCUGAAGUAAUACCAUACUGAUCUCAGCUGCAUCUCCUACUCAUGUUAUCCUCCACAGCAGCAGGGCACUGCUCGCUUUUAGAAAAUGGCACCAGCCUGCUGAAGAUAACUGCGUUCCAAAAAUUCCUGGGCAUGAGAAUGUCAAAAUUCAUAUGUCAGCCUGUAUUGACCACCUUGUAUUCUUGAUAAGCUUUUAAAAUUGGCGUGUUCUUUCUCUCAA